AAAACAUAAUCACACGUGAUGGUCAUGUGAUUGUCACAAAGAAACUAAGCAAAUAAUAUCAAUAUGUAUAAGGUUAUAGUGUUUUUCGCUAGUGUAAUUUUUGUUACGUCGUUGAAAAACGAAUGUAAUGUUCCACCAGAAUUUUGGUGUAGUUCAGAAGAAAUAGCUACACAGUGUCAGGUAACUGAACAAUGUCAUCGCUACCAUCAGUCCAAAGCCAGCACAGACAAGGUGCAGUUCACACUGUACUUUGAAUCUUUAUGUCCUGACUGCAAGAACUUUUUCCAAAAACAGCUGACCAAGACCUACAAUGAGAUCGGGGAAAUCAUGGAUCUCACUCUUGUGCCUUAUGGGAAUGCUGAGGAAAAGAGAGACGUUUCUGGACAGUGGAAGUUCACAUGUCAGCAUGGGGAAGAGGAGUGUGUAGGGAACCUUAUAGAGACCUGUGCAAUUCAUUUGCUGAAAAACAUCUCCAGUUAUUUCCCAUUCAUCAGCUGUAUUGAAAAUGAACAAUUUGGAGUACCAAAAACGUCAGCAGAAAAGUGUGCCCGUAAACUCGGGAUUGACCUGAAGCCUAUCAUGGACUGCUCCACCAGUAAACUUGGGAACAGCCUAGAGCAUUGGAUGGCUCAAAAGACAAAUGCACUCAACCCACCACACAAAUAUGUCCCCUGGGUCACUCUCAAUGGGGUACACACUGAAGAGAUAGAAAAGAAAGCAGAGGCUGAUUUGACCAAGCUUAUCUGUGAUACUUACAAGGGUUCUUCUAAACCAGCUGCCUGCAACAAAAUGGACAACUUUCACCAUUCCUGGCGGGAGCUUUGAUGCUGUUCAAGGACGCAAAGGGGCAUAAUUUUUGGCUCAAAUUAUUACUCUGUAGUACGGAUUUAAAUUCACUGCUGGUGAUUUUCACAAAUUUUUGUUUAAACUUGUUUUUAUUCAAAUUUGAAGUUAUGGCAUUUAUGUCCAUUGAUGUGAACGUUAAGGUUAUAUAAUGUUCACUGCAGUUUUGAUUUCAAUUUUGGCCUACAAUGAAAAUAGUGAAAAUCAAACCAACAGGGAAAAUAAAAAUGUCUACAGCAAGUCAUUUGAAGAAUUAGUUGCCAAAUUAUGAAGGAUACCGUAUAAGUGAUAUUUUCAGUGAGACACAAAUUUAGCAAUUUGUCCAUGAAUUAUGGGUAUUAUAUUUAGCGAGAGCUAAUUUGAGCAAUUUUAGAAUUCCAAGAAAGAUAACUGUUACCUCCGAUAUGGAAUAAAUUGUUAGUGACAUUCAAUUUUAGUGACCUCAACAUUGUCGCUAAUAUUGCCAAAAUGAAAUCCUCGCUAAGAAUUCGGCUUAUACGGUAUGUGUAUUUGUUUAUGGUUUCUGUGAUAUAAUUUCUGUAUUGAUUCUUUGUGUAUCUUCUGUAUCUAUAAUACUCCAUGUAUAUUAAUGGGAUUCUGUGAAACUAUAGCAACGUGCAAUAACGUCAGUCAAAAAAAGACUAGGAGUUUAAUCACUUAAUAAGCAGCAGCAAGUUGAUCCAAUGAAAUGAAAUCUAGCAUAUAUAUAUAGUUCAGGCCUUUUUGUAUGAUUAUGAUGAAAAAUCUGUACCAUAAAAUGAACGGGUUUGAUGUCAUUUUUAAAUUAUUAAGAUUGGAAAUUCCUGCUGUCUCCGAUAUUUGACAUUUAAUGGAAGAAGGAAAUUUUUUGGAAAAAGGGAAGAAUAAGAAGGACAGAAUAUGCUCUUUUUUUAUAGUUGGAUGCGUAAUUGUAGAUCUGAUUUUGGCAUAUCAAGACUACCUGAUUGAAUGGAUAUUCUGUUUCAUACAUUUAUAUAUUGUUAUAAUUAUUGUGAACUAUAGCUGGUAUUUCUUGGAUAAGACCCAAUUCUACAUGCAUGAUUAUAUUAAAAUUCUAUUUAUCCAGAUA